AAUACUCAAACCGCAACGUCAAACUAGAAACGUCACUUUUGUUGUAAAUUGAAUUGUUUUGCAAAUUAAAAAUAAAAAGAAUAAAUUCAAUAAAUGAGAGGGCGUAAAAGUUAAAUAUUAAUAAACAUUAAUUAAUAUUAAAUUUAAUUCAAACACCGUUUAUUACAAAGAAAAAUACAAAAGUAAUAAUAGCGUUUAAGAAUGGAGAAGACACAACCAUUUUAUGAUUUAUGCAUACCAUACCAAAAAGACGAGCGGGCACUGAAGGAAAUAAUAAAAGAAGCAAAAAGUUUGGGUUACAAAACGAUUGCUAUUGAACAAGUGUUUGAUCACAGCAGACGCGAUGCUACUAAGCGUGUGCCUGACAUAUUUCCGUCACCUGUAGUAAUAAAAUCGCUGGAAGCGGCAUUUAAAAACGAAGUAAAAAUUUUACAGAGAUUAACAAUUUUAUAUGUUGACGUUAGUGUGGCGCAUGCUAUGACGAACUCACUUAACAUAAAAAAAUUCCACUUGAUCGCUGGUCAACCAAAGACGGAUGCUGCUUUAACACACUGCUGUACAACUUUCGCUGGAGACUUGCUGACAUUCGACGCUGAUGGCGGCGUAAAGCUGUUGGUGAAUCGCAAAGCAUAUCAAAUUGGUGUCAAAAGAGGCUUGUUCUUCGAAAUCAAAUAUGGCCCUGCAAUCAGAGACACUAGCAUACGCAAAGAUAUGAUAAAACUCGCGCACAAUUAUUGCGUGCGUGGUAAAUCGAAAAACAUCAUAUUCAGUAGUGGUGCAACGAAUUCAUUUGAAUUGCGUGGACCUUACGAUGUGGCCAAUCUUGCUUAUAUCUUUGGUUUGUCAGAGGAUCAAGGCAAGAAUGCAGUCAAUAAAGCGUGUAGACAGUUAUUCUUGAAAGCGCAGGCGCGCCGCAUUGGAAAAACAGUUAUGUUCAUAAGAUCCACUGGACCGAUAGUGUUUUCCGACUCAUCUGAUUCUGCUGACGAUGAAUCCGAGCAAGAAGCGGAUGAUGAUAGUGAUGAAAAUGAAGAGCUUGAAAAUGAGUUUGGCAGUAAUUCUCCAGAACAACCCAGUAAAAAGAAAAAGAAACUUUUAUAAAAAUA